AUGGGUCGUGGAAAACUUAUUAUGGAACUGAUAGAGAAGGAGAAAACUCGAAGUAUAACUUUUCAGAAGAGAAAGAAGGGUCUGAUGAAGAAGGCUUAUGAGUUCUCCACCCUUUGUGGUGUUGAUACCUGCAUGAUCAUCUAUGGGCCUAAGCUAUCCGACCGGCCCGUCGAGCUUGGUACCUGGCCCGAAACCCGUGAUCAAGUGGAGUGCGUGAUCGAGCGGUACAAGACUGACACAAAGCUUAAACCUACAAGGGCAUCCUUCGAUUUGUCUGACUUUCUCAUAGAUAGGAAGACGAAGGUCAACAAUGAGACUUCCAGGCUGCGCAAGAAUAUUUUCGAGGCCAGGUAUCCGACAUGGGAUGAUCGCAUUGAAAUGCUAUCCGAGGAUCAACUAACGGCGGUUCUUGACGUUAUGGACACAAAGCUUGAAGCUGCGGGGAUGAGAAUUAACAGGAUUAAAGGAAAUCAGCAUAUGAUGGUCGGAAAAGCAACGUCGGCGACCGUUGUCAGCCAUUGUCCUCAGCCGCCGCCGAAACUAAUCCAAAACCAGUUUAAUAGCAUGCAAGCCUUGUGCCAAGACCAGCUGUUUGAUCAUGCUCAGUGGUCCUCUCACAUGUUUCCAUUCGAUCCGAAUUUUAUCCACAAUUCUUUCAAGAAGCUGCUGCAUGGCGAUUAUGAUCACUGGACUCAUCAGCUUGGCAGCGUGUCUACAAGCGAUAUUCAUGCUCCCUUGAAUAUUGAUCAAUAUCCGUCGACUAAUUACAAUAUGGUGCCGGCCGGGGUUAUGGAGAACACGAUCAUGAGCAAUCAUCCUAGUGCCUCGAUGAACUACUAUGACAUAACCAGACAAUUCUCGCCACAAUAUAUGCCGAUGAUGUCAAAUAUUUCUGCUCAUAUGCCGUACGGCUUCCAAGUGAAUGAUUUGUAUCAUGAUAUUGGGGAGUUUGAUAUGAAGAACAAGCAUUUGUUAUGA